AUGGCAGAAAAACCCCAACCGGUUCGGGUAUUAUACUGCGAGGUUUGCAGUUUACCCCCCGAGUAUUGCGAAUUCGGAUCCGAUUUCGAUAAAUGCAAACCCUGGUUGAUCCAAAACGUACCCGAUUUAUACCCUAAUCUUCUUAACGAGGCGAAUGAGAAGGAGGCUGAUAAAGUUGCUGAUAAGUUACAAGCUACUGGUAUUUCUUCUGCUUCUAGUGCUGGUGCUGCUUCUUCAGGGAAGCCAGAAGAGGUCAAACGGCUUCCAGGUGGGAAGAUAAAGAAGAAGGACAAGCAAGAGGUUAUAAUUGAGAAGGUCGUGCGUAACAAACGAAAAUCUAUCACCACCGUGAAAGGCUUGGAACUUUUUGGUGUCAAGCUCAGUGAUGCUUCAAAGAAACUCGGGAAAAAGUUUGCUACAGGAGCUUCUGUCGUCAAGGGCCCAACUGAGAAAGAACAAAUUGAUGUUCAAGGGGAUAUAUCUUACGACAUUGUGGAGUUCAUUACAGAUACAUGGCCUGACGUUCCGGAAAGAGCAAUUUUCUUUAUAGAAGAUGGGAAGAAGGUUCCAGCUGCUUGA